CACGCAGAACACACACUCUCUCUCUCAUUGCGCGGGGAAAUUAUUGAUGACACGAUUAACUUAUCAUCGUCCUGGAAUUUGGAACCAUAUCAGCAUCACUGUUAUGGUGCUUCAGACGCCCACAAAUGGCGUCCUCUUUCUUAAUGGUUGUACAGCACACCCACUCUUUCUCCUCCAACUCUCUCUGUAAGUUCUCACUUCUCGCCCUUUGUUUACCGCGUUUUCCCACUUUCUCUACUCCCAAACACACACUUUGUUUACUUAGAGUUGGAGAGGGAGUUGUAGGAGAACUUUCAACCACUAGCAGAGACCGUAGACUUUCCAAUUCCAUGAUUCAGAAGCUAAACAAAAAUGGGUCUCGUCAUUUAGGGAAUGGAAAUGAAAUACUCGUUAAGAAAUGUGCGGAAGACCUUGUUUAUUUAGAGGUGGAGGAGAGAGAUGGGAAACGGCUUGAGAGGGAUAAAAACGCUAGGAAUAGGAAUGGCUCCGGCUCUGCUAAUGGAAUGAAAAUGGGUGCUGGGGUUUCUUUCCUUAAGUCUAGAAGUGACAGUGGUUCCACAAAAGUUUCUAGGGGCGCAGGGGAUGGUAGGAAGAUUAAGGACAAGAGCAAGCGAAAUCAGGUAUUAGAGGAGAAGGGGAAAUUUUCUGAAGAGAGGAACGAUAUCCCAUUUAGAGAAAACUUGGAUAUGUUCUCGAAGACAGGGGAUAUUGCGGGCGCUAUUGAAUUGUAUGAAUGGGCUCAAAGGGAAGGAAUUAAGCUGGAGCAAUAUCAUUAUGCUGUGAUUUUGUAUCUUUGUUCCUCAGCGGCUUUGGGUGUAAUCCAGCCCGCAAAAAUUGGUAGAGAUAAUCGAACUUCAAGUUCACUAACUUCAUCUAAUAUGGGUUCUUUCCAAAAUCCCAUUAUACUGGAUGAACAACAUUCCUCCAAGAUUAGUUCUGUUUCAAAGAGUGAAAGUUAUGAAAGGACAGAAACGAAUGCCAAAAAUGAUGGAAGUAAGGAGAAUAUAGUUCAUACAAAUAGAUCUAUGGUGUCCAAAGCUCGGAUUAUUGAUGAGAAGAGCUAUUCAAAUAUUUUGGUAGAUGAGGAUUUUAAAAAAUAUGCUGUCGAGAAAGGAUUCGAGAUCUAUGAGAAGAUGUGCACAGAAAAGAUCCCAAUGAAUGAAGCAACCUUGACAUCUGUGGCCCGAAUGGCAAUGUCCAUGGGCGAUGGUGAUAUUGCUUUUGAUAUGGUGAAGAAGAUGAAGCCAUUAGGAAUUAAUCCUAGACUGCGGUCUUAUGGCCCUGCCCUUUCUGCUUUCUGCAAUAAUGGGGAAAUAGAUAAAGCAUUUGAAGUUGAGAAGCACAUGUUGGAGCAUGGUGUGUAUCCAGAAGAGCCUGAGUUGGCAGCACUUCUAAAAGUUAGUAUAAACGCGAGUAACGCUGAGAAGGUGUAUUAUUUAUUGGAUAAACUGAGAACAAGUGUAAGACAAGUCUCACCCUCUACCGCAGAUCUUAUCAGUACCUGGUUCAAGAGCAAAGUUGCUACAAGAGUGGGGAAAGUAAAAUUGGAUAGAACAAAAAUAAAGGAAGCAAUGGAAAAUUGUGGUGGAGGUUGGCAUGGAUUGGGAUGGUUGGGAAGGGGAAAGUGGAGUGUAUCAUCUACAAAUGUUGGAAAGGAUGGUUUGUGUACAUCCUGUGGGGAAAGGUUAGCAACAAUUGAUCUUGACCCUAUUGAAACUGAGAAUUUUGCUAAAUCUGUUGCAGCUAUAGCCACACAAAGAGAGAAAAACUCAAAUUUUCAGAAAUUUCAAGAAUGGCUUGAAUAUUAUGGACCAUUUGAAGCAGUGAUUGAUGCUGCUAAUGUAGGCCUAUUUAGCCAAAGAAGAUUCACACCAUCUAAAGUCAAUUUAAUUGCCAACGGGAUACGGCCGUUGCUUCCUUCAAAGAAGCGGCCUCUGAUUGUAUUGCACAACAGGCGAAUUACUGGACGUAAGAUGGAUGAACCAGUAAAUAAAGCAUUGAUUGAGAAGUGGAAAAAUGCUGAUGCACUGUAUGCAACGCCCACUGGAUCAAACGAUGAUUGGUACUGGUUGUAUGCAGCAAUCAAAUUCAAUUGCCUAAUUGUGACGAAUGAUGAGAUGAGAGAUCAUACGUUCCAACUUCUUGGAAAUGAUUUCUUCCGUCGAUGGAAAGAAAGGCAUCAAGUGCACUUUAGUUUCUCCGCUACCGGUCCAGUGUUUCACAUGCCUUCACCCUGUUCUGUCGUAAUCCAGGAAUCAGAGAAUGGCCAUUGGCAUGUGCCCCUUGCUUCUGAGCAUGGUUAUGAAGAAGAUAGAAAAUGGCUAUGUAUUACAAGAGGGAAUUCACAAGCACGCAUGUUGAGGCGAGAGUCUCCCCUCAAAGUUGAAGAACCAGAACCGCAGCCUCUUCCUCUCAGCAAAGGAAGUUUGGGAACUCCGGCCGACGUCGAAAUCAAGAAACAACCCUCAAGCCAAGUCAGAAAUUCUUCACGUGAAAAUUACAGAAGUCUCGAACAAAUAUUUUCUACAACUGUGUUCUUGAACAAAUGCAACUUACUAUCAGAAAUAGAAGCCGCAGAGAAGCUUGGAGGCUGCACUAUAGACUUCCAAAUAUGAAAGGAAAAAAAAUAGGAUUUCUUCCAUUGUUGUCCACUAUACCAAUUUUUCCUUUUCCUUUUCCAUUUCCAAUCUCAAUGCUGUAACUGUAACUCGGAUAUUCUUCAUCUAACAUAUCAAUGAGUAGUGAAAAGAAAGGGGAAAAGGUUGAUCAUAA